CGCCACCUCACAAUCCCAUCCACCACAUCUAUAAAACUAGCAAACACUCCCCAUCAGGCAGCAGAAUCAGUCCAGUAUGGAUUCAACAACAGCCCAGUCAGUGUUAACUAACCAAGUAAUGACAACCUCACCAUCUCCCAGAAUAUGACUAAACCAAAGUUAUUGGUACAUAAAGUGCAUCCCCAAGCCAAGUUACCCAGCUUCCAGAGCCCUGAAGCUGCCGGCAUGGAUUUGUUCGCUGUCCAACACAUGGACUUGCCACCAGGCCAGUGGGACAAGAUUAGGACGGGCAUCGCUGUGGCCUGCCCACAUGGAACUUAUGGAAGGAUCGCACCCAGGAGCUCAAUAGCCUUAAAAAGUGGAAUUUCAGUGCUUGGUGGUGUGAUUGACCCCGACUACCGUGGAGAACUUCAGGUCUUGCUGUACAACCUGAGCCAAGCCAAACUGUGCAUCAGACCAGGAGAUCGAAUUGCGCAACUGAUUCUGGAGUACAUCUGUCUACCCCAAAUCGUCGAGACUCAGUCAUUGCCAGCCACGACAAGAGGUUCCGGUGGAUUUGGAUCAACCAACGCAUGAAAAACAAACUCUUAACCUCCACCAAAGCUCAUACCCAGCACCACCCGAAGCAACAUGACAACGACCAAGCUAGUGACUCUACUGCAAUGCCUCAUCUCAGCCCUCCAAGCCUCACCGACCAUUUUCCAACAAAGUGGCAACAUUGCCACUGAUGUGACGUCCUAUGUGCUUUUAGGACAGAUCGAUCUGGAGCCAAUCAUGGCUCAACAAAGAAACCUCACACAACUGGACAGUUUGUUACAGGAGGUGUGGGUAACGACCAGCAAGGACGAUUCAACCCCAGAGCAACGAUACCUUCUAACCCAGUUACGCCUCAUCCAUGACCAAAUUCAGACCACCGACCAUAAGCUGCAGGAUCUCAUCUCACUGAUGGAGAUCAGUGGGCCGCCGCAACCACCCCAAUUCCGAGGAAAACGAUCAGCGCUACUCAUGGCCGGAUUGGUAGCUAUUGGAUCCACAUUAAGCAACUUGGUCUACUCCCGUUAUUUAUCCACGCGGAUCGACGGGAUUCAACGACAAGAAGAUUACUUAAUCCAUGGACUGGACAUUCUGACAAGAAAAACGGCCGACAACAUUCGACAACUCCAAACCCUGGACAAAGCAGUGGAUGUCUUACUCAAGCAACAUUUGGGACACCGAGAGCGAAUAGACAAAGAAAUCCAUAUGCACCAAGUGAUGAUGCAUGUCGACGCCACGUACCGAUCUUUGGCCACCUAUACCCAAACCCUGGCAGAGAUUCUGACGACCAUCACCUCCGCACUGCAAGGCAAAGUAGAUACCUAUCUAAUCAGCCCCGCGCAAGUCCGUCAGGAACUGCAGCAAAUCAAACAACGGAUCCCAGACGAUAUGAAAAUAGCUAUUGAGGCCAAUCAUAUCACGGACUUCUACGCAUUGCCGUGCCAUGCGAAAAUCACCAACACAACAUUCCAGGUGGCAGUACCAAUACCUAUUUUCAAUGUCAAGGAAACACUCGACCUCUACAAGCAUAUCCCUACACCCCUGGUUUAGAGAUACAUCAAGCUUUAGAGAUAUUCCUCAGCAGUCGCACCCAAAUGCUGGCUACCAACACAGAAAACACCCUGUACCUCGAUCUGGACACUCAAAGCCAUAAGGAGACAACUGCAAUCCAGCCAAUCAAGAAACCUAAUCGACUUAGAUGCUGCCAUCCCUGAGGAGCCACAAUCCAGCAUCGUCCGGUGGAUAACCAUAACCAUGGCAUCCAUCAGUAGUGCCCUUGUGAUAUCCCUCAUAUUAUGGUACGGUCGUCGUCUCAGACGUCAAGAACGCUCGGGACGAGCUUUUCCAAAAAGGGGGCUUUGUAGUGGAAUUGACGACGCCCAAGCCGAUCUAAGUCGAGUAGAAUUACAGUGUACUCCAUUAUAUGAAUUGCCUCGCAAUUCAUGAUAUUAUGUAACUGGACGAAGAUGGCGUGAUAUGGUCACGCACCACCAAGAUGCGACAAGGACAAUUCCGUCGCAACAGAUGUCCAUCCUAAACACGAUCCCGUUGUACUAACCGGAGCCACUUAUGCAUUCACUGGUGCUCACAGCCUGUGAAUAUGAGUGCUACAUCACGCCAUCGGUGGAUCUUAUGUAAAAGUUAUGUCAUUGGCCUGUACAUAAACUCCUGUUUUAUCAUGAUCAAAAGACAGAAACAAAAGAGAAUGAACGCUCGUCUGAAGAGUCAAGAACAGCUCCUUAUUUUCCAUCCUCUGUGAGACUUAUCACUCCGUGUUAGAGUUCGAGCUAGCUAGAGUAUAAGACUCUAUUCAUCAUCACCAACUCUGAAGUUCUGGUCUGCACAUUGGGAACAAGUAUUUAUUCAUCGGUACACAAUUCAACAUCGUUUUGGUAUCAUCAUUUGUUUAGCGGUAGUGAUUGGAACCCCAAUUGACUACUGGACUUUGUGGCACCGCUCCCGUGGAUCGAUUACGCGUCCCUAUCGUCCGACCUCCAUCUUUCCCGCCACAGAACAGUCAGCAAAAUUUGUGGAUGCUUGGGAGCAAGAAUUGAGAUUAAUGGAUAUUUGUCGGAAGACAUGCUUAUGGAAACUAAAAAUUCAACGGGUAAAAGAAGGACAAUGACCACCACAAGGGAACAAAACUUUAUACUUUCUUUGAAUAAGUCGAUUUGCCCUUCUCUCUGACCAGGAGAAAAGGUCCACAAAACCCCAAUACCAGCUUUGUUCUGGUACCAGGAGCCUCCUUCCUCAAAUUAUACGCCUCUGUGUCGAGACGAAGACGGUCCUUGGCAAAGCACGUUGGUAUGUAAUCACCAACAUAACUCCCCCGACGAAACGGCCCUGACUGGAUCUUUGACUUUCGUCUUUUCACCAGGACUCUUUGCCAAGAAAUGCUUGGAGUACUUGAUUGGAGGUUCAUAACCAACAUCGUCAAUCCUCUCGGACGUCUCUUCUACUUGCUUCAACAUCACCAAAGACGUCUUCAAUAGUCGAACAACAACAGACAUUGCCUUUUUGGUCUUUUCCUCACCAAUGUCCUUGGCAAGUAAUUCCAGUUCUUGAAGGCACUGGAUUGCUUCCGCCUUGGUUUCUGUUUGGGUUUCUCCCAUAUCCACCAAAAUAACUUUUGAUUCCUUUCGAGGUGCAAGGAUUUCGUCCAACAUACUCAUAAACUUAGUAGGCGAUUUCUUGCUACUCCAAGUAGCUUUUUUCAUUUUGCUGUUUCUUGGCUCAGGACAUCUCAGUUUUAAAUGGAGAGCUUGAUUUCGCUCGUCUGCACUCUUUGAGAUCUGAUUACUGAUUUAAGUGCAAUUUUGUGAUUUACAGCUCUUCUUUUGACAUGAUUUGCCCAUCGAUGCCGUAGCGUCAGCUGGCUGUCGAUUUGUUUACAUCGUUUUGGACACUAGAUGCUCCCCAGUACCUGCAAGCCAAUUUCUCUCACCUCGACUGUUGCGAAAAGAUUUUUUUCAUGUGAAAAUAAAGUAUUUGGUUGCUUGAA